AUGGGCGCGUCAGAAGACCUAGGCAGCAGCACAGCCACUGCCACCACUGUACUCACGUUUCCGUGCUCUGGAACAGCUCUCCCAAACGUCUGCCUCGCAAAUAGUUGGUCGAACACCAUCGCCAAAGUCACAGUUGUCCCUGGCGAUGUCUUCAAUAUGCCAACCGACAUCUCCAACCCCGCAGCAUCCAGCACAGGCAACGUCCUGAGCGUGCUGCCCUCGUUGACGGGAGAUGUUCCCGACACUACUACUGUAUCUGCUACCACUGUAUUCACGCUUGCGUGCACGGCGACCCCGCUUCCAAACGACUGUGAGGUGAAUAGCUGGUCUAACACCGUUAUUGAGGUUACUGCUACGCCUGGUCAAGUUCUGGUUAACCUCCCAACUGACCUCCUCGUAACGACUUCGCCGACGGCAAGCGAGAUUCAACAGCCAGCAGGAACACCUGGUGCUGCCAUGGGUAGGGAGGUCGGCGUUAUAGGGGCGGUGGUCGGUGGGCUAGUUGCUGGGUUGGUUGUGCUUUAA